AAAGGACCGUCGACAAUUCUAUCCAGCUGCACUCUCUCUGUGAAACUCUUGGAGGAUCGUUCUUCCACAAAAGAAACCCCAUCACCUCCCACAUCACGUGCACCAUGAGGAUUAUAUUAUUGAUAAUCCCAGCCUGUAUGCUGGUAGCAUCAGGAGCAAGAAGAGUACAAAUCCGACCACGAGUUCAGGAACCGCAAAUCUAUUAUGAGGAAGAAGACAGGCAGCCUGCAGAAGAUGAAUACGAGGCUCCAGUUUAUCAACCACGAGCACGAGCCCUACCCUCACCUCGUUCCAAGGACACACUCAGCGGCUCGAAAGCACCUCCAGUGCAGACAAUUCGCAACUAUAACAAGGUCAAUGACGACGGCUCUUUCACUUUCGGCUACGAGGCUGCAGACGGCUCCUUCAAAGAAGAAACCCGAGGCACCGACUGUGUAGUUCGAGGCAAAUAUGGUUACGUUGACCCCGAUGGCAACAAAAGAGAAUUCACCUACGUUUCAGGUAAUCCCUGCGACCCCAAUGCUCCCAAAGAUGAUGAUGACCUUGUCGAAAAGGAAGAAGAAGCCGCCGGACCAGCAAACUAUCCUGCCUCAAGGCCCAUCCAACGUCCCCUUAGACCCAAUUAUCCAACAACCACUCCUAGAGUGCCCACUACAAUAUUCCAAACCGAAUAUCAACUAGACGAUAACGCUAGUCAGGAACUCGAAGAAGAAGCCCGACCCAUAUCUAGACCCACAGCCUUCAGGAGACCUCAACAAGCCUACCUUAGAGUCGCCCCAGAACCUACACCUUCCAACUACCAACCCGCUCCCUCUUCCGAACCCACCCUUUAUCGCCUCGCUAGCAGUACUUUAGGAUCACGCUACCAAACUUCUCAAACUACUGACACUCCCCAAAGGUCCCCAUCACCAACCACUGCUUCGACCAUCUAUCAACCCGUUGAGUCCAGCACUCGUGCCACCACGCUCACAAGACAAAGGCCUCAAUCCGUUGCAAUCACUCCCAGGCCCCACGUAGCUCAAGUUGCAGCUCAGUAUGUCGGCCCUAGUAGCACCGAACGUCCCGGAGUCGUUUUCACCCCACGGACAUAUCAUCCAACUGCUGGCACCACGAGCCUUCCACCCAGAGCCGUCUCCUCCACGCCACCUCCUCAGAACCUUGAUUUUGCUGCUGAACUUGAGCGAUACGUUAAUUCUGUGGCCCUGACUUCUCCUACUACCAGACCAGUUCCUAAGGCCAAGGCCCCUCAAUCUGCAGAUCCGAUCUAUCAGUCCGAAUUAUUGUACGAUCCUGCAACUGGUCAGUACAACACUCAACUUUAUCAGGCAUUACCACAGACCGUGGGAGAUUUUAGCCUCAGUCACAAACUCCAACCAUUCGUAGCCCAGCAGCAGUUGGCUCAGUCCCAGCAGUUGGCCCAGUCUCAGCAAUUAGCCCAGUCCCAGCAGUUGGCCCAGUCCCAGCAGCACGCUCAGGCCCAGCAGCGCACCCAAGCCCAGCAGCUCGUAGCCGCCCAAAGGCAGGCUCCCCUCUACCGCCAACCUUCAUCAUCAUCGUCGCAGAUUGGUAGACAACCUCAGGAGGCUAUUUAUAGGAAGCAACAAGCUGAGCUUUUUCAGCAAUCCCAACAACUAUUUGCACAGCAACAGCGGCGCCAGCAACAGCCUCAGAGGUUUCAGCUUCUAGACCCACAGAGGGACUCACAGUCGUUCUACUACAUCCAGUCGCCGCAGGGACAGCCCGGUGGAGCUGCUCCCCUCUCUGCGGGACAAAUUGAUCAGUUCCUUCGUGGUAAUACCGACGGAUUUUGAUUCAAUUUUUUAUCAUCGAGCCUUAGGAAUAAGAUAAGGCGAUUGAUAACUCAUUCUCUACUCGAUGAACACUUGUAGCUUAUCUCAUAUCUGCUCCUCGGUUUUCCACUUUUCUAAUUUUUUAUUCUGUUUUUUUUAUCGAAGUAUGUCGUUUUGUAAGUUAUUUUUGAGCCCACUAAAACACCUACCUAUCUAGGUAUCUAUAUCGGAUGAUAUAUAGAAUCAAUUAAAGGUGUACAUCUACAUCAUUUCCUGUAGGUCUAAAGGUUCCUGCAUAGAUUCUUACUCACUCAUGUCACUCUAAAGAAGCCGAAGUUCUGCAGAGUAGUGCUUUUAGCAUCUACAGCUGCCUGAUAGUUUUUUGACGAACAGAUUGCCCAGUAGUACAGAUAUAAGCGUUUAGCUUCUACGCAGAAAUUUUUUUAACUUCGCGUAGUUCUCCAUUCAGGUUUUCCAUUUUUGUUUCUAAAUUGGAACCUAUUUUUGAUUCAAACGUAGGAAUCUGUACAAAAAUCCUAAUGGGACUGCAUAUAGUUUCUUAACGAGGGAACUAAUCGGCACUCCAUAAAGAAACAUGUUUGAUAUUCUUCAGGUGAGACCUAUAGAAAACAAUUAAGGUCCAUGCGCUUAAGGAAUCCUAUACACGAUCCUACUCAAUGCCUAUAUAGGAUCCUAUAUGGAUUACUUUGAGGAAUCCUAUAUAGAUGGAUAUGGUAUAGGUAUUUUCAAUGAAGAAGAAACAAGUGUUAAUGUACUUAACGAGGACUAACGCGGUUUGAGAUUUUGUGGCAGAAUAAGGAAUUAUGGCAAAGUUUUCUUAGAAUUCAGGAUAAAAAUGAUAUCAAUCCGGAAGAUAACGUAACAUUGGUAUUUUUUUUAAAUUUAUACGUCCACACUUAGCACAGUUCUACAUUUUUCUAUAUUUUAAAUGUGUGUGUGUAUUUAGUAAAAGUUUACUAUUUCUACUUUUUUUUUAAUUUCAUCAUCAUGCAGUUUAUAUUGUAUUUUUCUAUUUUUGAAAUUUUUCAUUGGCCUAUUUUUAAUCAAGAUAUUGACUUCCACGUUUUACAAUUCUUUAAUUUACUAGUGAAAAAUUGUCAUAUUUGAGUAAUUUGAGUAGUGUAUUUCAUUUGUGCAUCGGAAUUUGUUUUGUUUCUUAAAGCCUACAUAAUUAUUUCAAUAUGAACAAAUUUGUAGAGGACAAGGUUUCGGUUUUUGAUGAAAUUUAUAAAUUUUCUAAAAUUUAGAAAAUAUUAAACUAUUAUUUUUAUUAAAACUACCAUAUUUCUAUUAGGCUAAUAUUCACAAUUAUGCCAAUUGUGCUACAUAAUUCUUUCGAUUUAGCAAUUUUCCAAAUUGAAAAUUUUUCCAAUUUUUGUAGUUAGAAUUUUUUAAAUAUUUGGGAAAAGUACAAUAGACGAAGUUGUGACUACGUACAGUUUAGACUUUAUUUUGUUUGGUUUUUGCUAUUCUCGAAAUUUCAAAAUCUUCUGCUUAUAUCAAUUUUUUUAUUCAGAUGACAAAUUUAAACAACAUUUAUUUAAAAUUGGAAAAGUUGUAGGGUUACUUAAUGAAUAAUAAAAAAUGUAACGAAAACGACUUUUAACCCUUGAAAUGGCUAUCUUCAAAUAUCAAAAUAUCUAUGAAAUAUUUGUUCAAUCUCCUGCAAUUAUGCAAAUAAAUUAUAUUAUCUUGAAAUACCCAUAUAAUUACAUAUAUCUAAGGUGUGGCCAAAUCGCUAUCAAUGAAAUUGAGAUACUUCAAAUUAGAAAUCGAAAUUUGAAAUAGAUUGCAUGUAUAUCACUACAAAAUUUCUUCUCUACAUAUGCCAGUUUCUAAUUGCAAAUCAUUAACCUGGCUGCAGGAUAAACUAUCAUAUUAUUCUUGGUCCACUAGUUAAAUUGUAAUUAAUAUGCUUUAGAUUGAAAUUACAUCCAGAGAUCAAUUUCUGAGAUCUUCACCUAAUUGGCUUAUACUGAUCAUUUUAUUACAAUGAAAUAGGAAUGAAUACGACUAAAAAGAAUUGUUUUUAAAAAUUCAAGAGAUUAACUAAUUUUCCAACCGUUGGUUAUUCCAGUCUACCAAGUGAGAGCCCCAGACAGAAGCUUAUCUUCCAGAUCACGUCCAAAUAGAAAAAAAAACUGUCGACUCAUCUUGACUGGAGAAAGUAGCAAAACAACUUAGACAAAAGAAUUAGCUACUUUUUCCGGUCGAAAUGCUUCCAUUCUUGAAAUGAAGGUUCUUGAAAAGUUGCAUUCAAGGUUGUAGAAAUAAGCUUUAAUGCUUUAAAAGGCUAUUUUCUAUUCUGUAUCAGAUCUUCUCCAUUACAAACCCAAAACGAAUUAUAAAUAUAUUCAAUAAUACUUCAUAAAAUAAGAAAAAGUCUCUAAGAGUAAUACCAAUUUUUAAAAAUCAUUGUCCAUGAAUCCUUAUUCUGCAGCUCUAAACAUAUUACAUAAGUCAACUUUGUGAAAGGUUUUUAAACGAUUAAUUCUCUCGACUGUCAUUACCGCCCAUUUCAAAAAAUGUUUCCAAACAAAGCCAUACCAAUAAAAGCAUGAUUACCGAACUAAAGUCAGACACAGUGUCAGGGGGCGAAGAAUUUUACUUCUAUUUCACCUCAAUUCCGUGAGCCAACUUUGUGACCUCUGGCUUGGUUCCGGGGAAUUCAAUGAUCCGAAACACGUUUCCUCUAACAAUUGCGAAAAUAAAAUCGAGCCUCAAGGAUCAAUAAUCGACAAACCGUUUCGAGAAAAGGUAGGCGGUUAUCUCCCAACAAUUAGAUUGUCUCCCCUUUGCAUAUCUAUGUAAAGGUCACUGUUAUUGAUCCAGAAACGCUGACGGAAAUGUCGAUUCGAUCUCGAUCAGCAUUACGUAAAGCCGAGGAAAAUUUACGCCUCAUGCGUACAGAGAUAGAGUAAAAGUAUUUCUCAGCAAACUAUUUUCAGUGAGUAAAUUUCCUUAUUUAUUACUCUAUUUGGUAUUUUUUUAAUCAUCUGGAAGAAGAAAGAUGUGUUUUUAUUCUGGACACUAGAAAAUAGGCAGUAGGCCCAACUACUUGGGUUUUUAAAAUAUGGUGGAUCCACUUCUUUGGUUCGCAUAACUAUUUCGUUUUUUGGUAUUUUCAUCCGAAAUUGUGAUUUUAACAAAACAAAUAGUAACGCCAGAGAGCAAAAUAGUUUUGCUAAACAAUAAAAUAGCAACGUUAUAUUUUACAAACUCAAGUAUGAAAGUAAAGGUUUCUUGAUGUCAAUUUUCGAGUGGAUAAAGUAGAAUGUUUUUUCAUCAAAAUAAAAGAAGAUACAAUAAAGUUGAUAUUGUACCCAUAUCCAUGUGGUAGAUAGUUCUUCUUGUUUUAAUAAACAAUGUUGAGACAAAAAUAGAACUAACGAUACAACCUAUGUAAUUUUAAACAUAUUGUAAAUGGCUAGAUAAAUUGGAUCGUACUUUCAUUGGCAUGACUUGAGUCAGGCAAAACUGUGGCGUGCAUAAGUUGGCUUUCCAUGUGCGUAUCUUAAGAGGAAAUUAUAUCGAGAGAACGUAUCCUAUGUAAUGUUUGUGGGUAUAGAUACGAAACGCGUACGUGCUCGUUAAGUCGCGUGUCGUCGAAAGGAGUUAGAGAGUCAAUGGCUAUUCGCGUGUGAAACUUUUCCAUCCAUCGCAGGCGAAUUCCAUGUUGAGAGCAGUCUAUCGAAAUUAUUUGCUCGUAACAGUCAUAAAGCGCCAUUAACAACGAAAAUUUAUUAGAGAUUCUUGAUCGCGAAGAUCCCUGGCUGCUCCGCUGACAUGAAAUUAUGACCGGACGCAAAGACGGGCGUCUAAUGAACCGCAUUGUACAUAGUUACCUUAACUAGCGUCGAAUCUUAGAUAUUGUAAUUUUAACUCUUACUGCUAUGCUCUAUGCUAAGAGACUCAAUUACUUGGGUAUCCGAGAUACUUUCGUUAUACUCAUCAUUAUCUUUUUGUACUGUUUGUAAUUUUAUGACUCGAAAAUAAAAACGUUAUGACGAAUCUAA